AUGAAUCAAAGUGGCAUUAAGAUGCUAGAUAAUGAAAGCAUGAUUUACUUUGAAAGCAACAAUAUCAAAGUCUAAAAUCGAAGAAAUUUUAACUUUAAAGAUCAAUCUAUUGAUAAAAAUAAAAUAGAGCAGCUCUAAAGUAUGGCACUAUUAUACGGAAAAAAUAGAACAAGUGAGUAUGAGAUUGAAGGUUCAGCCAAUCAUCAGAGAAGAUAAUCAAAGAGUAGUGCUUCAUUGAAUUAGGAUGAUGGACAAAGAAUGAUCAAAUAGUGGCAUAACUUCAAAAAGACAUCAAUGGUCUAAGGAGAGAGAGAUUCCCUUGAUGGCUGUCUAUCAGAACAUUCUCAGCUAGAUAUACCUAAUGAGCAUAUGACAAAAGAAAAUUAAAAGACGCAAUCGACUAAUCAAAGCCAUCUUAAUUCUGGCGAUAAAUAACCUAAAACCAGUUCAGAGAAAAAGGGAACUCAGAGAAACAGAUAAGGUCCUCAAUCUCAGAAUCCUGCAGCAAGGUAAACUCAGGCUGUUCCAUUUUCCAGAGUUAAGAUUUUCAAUAUUAAUACAGUAAGAGACUCAAGUCCUUUAAAGACUAUAGGACUCUUCAACAACAAUCUGAGAGAUAGCUAGGCUUGCAAAGGUGGAAGCCAAAGCUAAAGAUAGCAAAUUGAGGAUUAAAAUCACAUUAAUCAGAUCAAAAUGUUCGGCCAGAAAACUUAGUUUAUAAAUACUUUCAAAUCACCUUAAUAAGCAGAUGGGACCUAUAAGCAACCAAAAUAAGGUCAAAAGAAAGCACAAUAGUACAUACCAUCCUAGAGACAUCACUAAGUAUCUCAGUAUUAAACUCAGAACUCCCCCUAGAUCAUUCUAAGAGAUUCAUUAUUGAAAAAUGCUGCUAAUUCAAGCAACAUGUACUUAACUUAGGCAAACGGUUCAAUGAUGAAUAAAGCUCAAGAUUAGAUUGAAAGUGACUUUGUCAAUUCUUAAGAGGAGGAUGACUUGUUAAGAACAGCAUCUCAUUACCAAACAGGAAGUUAAUUUGCGACUCAUCAAGAGAGCACAUUUACAACAGGCUAGAGCUUCCAUCUUCCUUAAACUCAAGCUUUAGGCCAGUCAAAGAAAACAAAUAAUAUUUAAGGAAUCUCAUCAAAAAUUAAUAAUCUAAAUGUAAGGGCUGGCAAUAAUGCACCAACUGUAGAAUAAUAGCCAUUAACAGGCUAUAUAAAUGAUAAGGUCUCUCCAAAUCAUAAAAGAAGAGGUCUUCACUUCAUUGAAUCAUAGAAUCAAUUAAAUCAAUCCACAAACAAUCAAAGAGUGGCAAGUAAUUUUAGAAAUGAAAGCUUAGAAAGGAUAUUGGGAGAUAAAGCUAACCUUCUAUUUGAUUAGAUUGAUAAAAUUCAGCAAAAAGAAUAUGUGAAGCUCAAUCGAAGUCUGCUUUAUUACAGCAAUGAAAGAACAGACUCAAGCAAUAGAAAUGUUCAGCAUACUCCAAUGUUGAUUCAAGGCAGCACACAGGAUCUUGAAUAAAAAGACGGGAAAAAUGCAAAUGUAUAUAGGAAAAGACAACUUACUUUUACUGAUGGCAACCAAAGCCAGCACUUGAGAUAAAUCUAAUAGUAAUUAAUGCAGACUCUUCCUAAGCAAAUGAGUAAUGCCAACUAAAAUAGAAACGCAAUGAAGCAUCACGAUAUUUCAUAGCAUUAAACGGCGCUGACUUAACUUACUGAGCCAGAUGAGGCUAAUGUGAUAAAUACUGAUAGAAAGGGGAAGGAAAUGCCAAACUCUCCAGGAACUUUCCCAUCAUCUGUCAAAGAAAAAAUCAAAAACAUCACUUAGAGAAUAAAGUAAGAAGUAUAGAAGUAAGAGGAAACUCAACUAGUAACUAAUAGUUAGAAUUUGAAGAGAAAAAGCCACUAGCAUAGUAAUAUAAGUGGUUAGCAAUUAAAUGAUAAUACUUAAACAUCAAUCAAGUCUCAGCAUUAUGUAGGAAACUUUAAAAAAUAUUUAAAUGCUGAUUAAGCAGAUAAAAAUAACUCCAAAAUUGAAGCAAAAAAUUUAAAGCAAAGCAAUCUAAAAAAACCUAGAAAUUCUAACAUUGAAAAUAAAUUUGAUAACAAAAAGGGCAAAUUAGAAAAUAAAAGUAUUAUUCAUGAAACUAAUGAUACACAUCAUAGAUAGCCAUUUAAAAAGCAAGAUUUAUCCACAUACAAUAACCUUAACAAUAAAAAUUUAUCUCCUCCCAGGUAAGUUGAUGUACCAAAGCAAAGCUCAAUGUUCCAAAGAAGAAAACUCUCUCAAAAUGGUAAAAAUUAAAACAAGCUGAUUAAAAGCUAAAAUUAAACUAAUAGCAUCAAUUUAAAAGAUUCAAUUCACGCUAAAGAAUCGAUUAUUAAAAAGCCAAAGCAAGAAAUUGAAUGCAUAAUUUAUGUUCCAAAUCAUCCACCUGAAAUAUUUUCUUCUAAAGAUUUAUAAAGCACUAAUUAGACUAAGGAUGAAUAACACUAAUAAGUUUAGUAAAUAUAAACUUAGAGUACUUUUAUUACUCCAGAAGUAAUUACCUCAAGAAAAGAGAAUAACAAUAUUUUACCGACUUCUUCGGCAACAAAGUCAAAUGAUGAUACUUUUAAGGAUAGGACGAUAUGCUAAUCAGAAGAAAAGAUUGAUGAAAACUUUAUCAAAAGUAAAUAUAACAAUCUUCUAAAGGAAACUAGAUAGAAAAUUCGAGAUAAUGAAAAGACGAUAAGCAUCAAUCAUAACUUGCAUAUCAACAUCAAUAACAUUCACAGCUAAAUAGGUCAUAACAAUCAAGUUCUUCUUAACUAGUCUUAUCAUACACCAAGAGGAAUAGCCACGAUAAACAAUUAGCAAUUUUUAAAUGUCAAUAGCAAUGGUAAAAACAGUCCUAAGUAAAUACAGAUGUCUGAAGAUUAAAAAGCUAGCAGUAAAUAUGCCUCUAUGAGGAAGAGUCAUAUCCUUAAUAGGCUGCAAUCACUUUCAAAUAGCUAAACCCCAAAGAACGAGUUAAAAGUAAAUAGUAAUGUCGUUUAGCAAAAUAUCUAAGUGUAAGAAGUAGCAGCAAAGCUUAAUUUUGAGAAGCAGGCACAUAACUAUUCAAAUGAUGUUAACCUUUACAAGCAAAGUAUGCUUAUCUAGCAGUAAGAUAUUUUUGCUAAAAUGCGAGCUAGUCUGGAUCAGUAAAACAUGGUUCAGAUGAACAUUUAAAACCCACCUAGCAUGUAUGAGAAUUAAGCUUUAUUCUAGUAGUUGUAACUGCAAUAAUAAUAGCUAUUAUAGCAGCACUAGUAGUAAUAACAAUAACAGAAUCAGCACUUUAAAUAGCCUCUGUCCAACAGGUAUAUGAGUUAGAUAGAUGAUUUGCAUUAGACCUCCAUUUAAUAUCAACCAUUCUCUUCUUAGAUUCAAACUCCACAAUAUAAUCCAGGAAACAUAAACAGUCAACAGUAAUAGUAACAACAAAAUAUGAUGUUUUAGUAUAGAUAACAGAUACCUUCAUAUAUUGCGAAUGACUGCUAAGCUCAUUGUAAAUGCCAUCAGUAAAUGAGUUAACAAUUUAGCUGUUAAAAUCAAGUAUAACAAUUAAAUAUACCAAGCUAGAUGAUGCAGUAAUAACCCUACAUGAGUCAAACUCUAAGUCCUUAAAUAAAUCAAAAUCCCUUUGUAAAUGCUAAUCUGUAGCAACAAGUCUAGCAGCCAGAUUUUUUCAACAAUUACUUGGCUUAAUAGCAGUAUCAUCAUUUCAUUCCACAGUAUAUGCAACAAUACUAGUUCUCCCCUCUUGUGUAGAAUUAAAUUUAUUCUCAUACUAAUCUCUAGCAGACUUAAUUGCCCUACCCUGGUUAGAAUAUGAUCCAUCAAGCCCAACCACUUUUUGCUUCAAAUUAGGCAGGUUUUAAUUCUUAUGAUAACUCUUAAAUGAAAGUUGCAUUUGAUCAAGGAAAUAAUAAACCAGCAGCUAUGACCUAGGAGAAUUUAAUGAGAUUUAAUCAGUAAUCGAUAGACCUUCAGAAAUAAUCUCUAGGAUUGCAAUUAGUGAAUGCUUUGAAUGAAUUCGACAAAUUAGAUGAGUUUGACAACUGA